UUGACAUAAACAAAGAUGUCUACGGCUGAAUACAUGAAGGAUGAGUCUGGAUAUGAGAGUAAAGGCAAGCAGUGGGCAAAAAGUCGCUCAGAGUAUCCAGUUGGUCUGGCUCCAGAUGACGUGGCUGCUGCUAAAGCCAAACAAGAACCAAACAAUGCUGGAAUCCCAGGAUUGGUAAUAACUCCAAAGCCAGAAAAAUCUAAAUCAAAGAAGAAAUCAGGUGGAGGCAAGAAAAAAUCAGCAGCCCCAGAUGCAAGCUUAACAAAACAACUGCAGGAGACUCACAUUUCUGAAUCCACAGCAGAUAAAGGUAAUUCUCUCUCUCGUUUUAAUUUGUAUCUGGACUGGGCUUCAGACUGUCCAAAGCAUAAGAUUUUUUUCACAGAAAAAUCUAAAUCAAAGAAGAAAUCAGGUGGAGGCAAGAAAAAAUCAGCAGCCCCAGAUGCAAGCUUAACAAAACAACUGCAGGAGACUCACAUUUCUGAAUCCACAGCAGAUAAAGAUCAGCAGGCUGCACCUACAGAUCCAGUGAAGCGAUUACGAAAUCUUAGGAAAAAGCUAAGGGAUAUAGAGAAGUUAGAGAAGCAGAUUAACUCUGGGGAACUUAAGAAACCAGACGAAGAUCAGCUAUUAAAGGUCAAGAAGAAAGGCGAGGUCUUAAAACUCAUCAAAGAGUUAGAAAAGGAAGUAGGUGAAAGCAAUUAGUGAAUGCAGUCAGUUUUGACUCAGUCCUGUUUUAAGGUAGCCUCAUUGUGUAUGUUGAAAGUACAUGCCAAAUGCACCAUAACAUUCAAGAAUUGAAAUAAAAUUAUUUACUUUUGACAAGAGAAGGGAAAUGUUCAAGUCCACUAUUAGGUGAAGAAAUUUUUAUAGUAGGAAAUUUUAAAAGUUGUACACUACAAGUUUGUGGUGAAAAUUUGUGCAAUGAGAUUACAUUUAUAAAGAACAUAAAAUCCAAUGAGUUUGGACUUUUCUUUUUUUUAAUGUAAUUAUGCAUAAUGAAAUGAGAUGACUAAGUUGUUUACUGUGUACGAAAUGGUUGUGUAAGAGAGCGCAUUAUUGGCCAGAAUAUAUAUUCGAGCAUCCUUUUUUACUUUGCUUUUUGGUACAAAAUGUGAAUGAACUUCUUAACUAUGAACUAUUUUAUAGAAAAAAUUCGAGAUAUUUGUAAUCUGCAGUCCAUUGUAUAUGCAUUACCAUAAAAACACACCAGUGGAAUCCUGUUAUAGUCUUCGAUGUUGUAAAAUACGGUAAUUGGUAAAGAGAUAAGUUUUCUCUUUUAGUUUCUAGAUAACCAUUUUUAUAUACAAAUCUUUUUAAGGUUUUGAAUGAUAUAUACUGUAUUAUAACAGGAUUUUACUGUGAUUGCAGUUCAAAUGUAGGAUGUUGAUAAUAUUACUUUCAGCUUUAAAUAUUUUUGUCUUUUAAAAGUCUUAUGUGUGAGUGAAUGACAGGUAAGAGGGGGUUACAUAGAAGAUGAGAAUAUAGUUAAAUUCUUUUUUCAGUCAAAUGUGUGGAAGUCAAAUUACUAUGAUACUGGGUACAAUUAUCUGCCUUUUCACCUUCAAAUGUUUUAGUUAUGAGACUGGAUUCUCAUUUACAUUGUUAUCAUUAAAAUAUAAAGAAACCUACAUGUUUUGAUAAGACUAUCAAAUUUGUGUGUUGAUAAAAAUUUUAUCAUUAAAAUGAUUGUAUUAAAUUUUUUUUUUCUUUCCAAAGCAUGAGAGUGUUUCCCCAUUUAAGAAGCAUUUCUUUUAUUGAUCAGAAAAAUAAUGACUCGUAUAAUUUGCAACUAAAUCAUAUUAGUGAAAAGCCAGUUAUAUUUUUCCAUUCAAAACACAGCAGCUAUAUUACCAUUUUCUACAGCAAUAGGGCAAUAGGGAUUGUUUUUCAGACAUGGUUUCCUUAAAAAUCAGUAUAUCGUCACA